CCUAAUGCUUCAGAUUACAGGGACACAAGGUGGACAUACGAUCAUCUCCUUCACUGAACAACCUACUGAACAGAAAAUAAAAAUGCAGCCAGACAAGUUGCUGCAAGUCAGCAGAACCUCUUUCUCUGUUACAGACAUCCUGAAUCCGUCCAAAUUCACUGGGAAAGCAAUCAGUAGCCAUCUGAGGCAUGAUUCAACUGCUGAAAGUGACAUUGGAAAAGGGAAUACAGAUGCUGCAGUCAUUUCAGAAUGCUAUUCCAAGAGAGCAGAAUUCCAGAGUGGUCCAGCCGGUGGUGAAUUCUCUACCUCAGUGGACUCGGCUGUGUCGGCAGAACGGGAGGUGAACCGGGUUCACACUGCGUCUACAUGCCAGAGCACGGAGAAGUCAAAGGGCAAGGCGAGGCGGGUCCGCACAGCUUUCACCCUGGAUCAGCUACGAAUUUUAGAACACAGUUUCCACAGCAGCCACUAUCUGUCCGUGUUCGAGCGCUACGCCAUCGCCUCAACGCUGCGCCUCACCGAGACCCAGGUGAAGAUUUGGUUUCAAAACAGACGCACCAAGUGGAAGAAAGAAGAGCAGAACUCCUCCUGGGUCAUCAGGCACCGCUUCCGCCACCACUCAAUUAGAACCAUAUGGAUCCACCACUGA